AUGUCCUCCCCUCUCAGGCGGUUGCCGCCAGUUGCAACCAUAACCAAAAAAGACCUACUGCUGGCCUAUAUAUAUACUGUGGUAAACCUGAGCGACUUUGAUAACUCUGAAAUCAGACGGGCAGUCCUGCCGCAUACAGAGAGUGACUAUGAGCGUAUACUAAGAAUCUUUGAUAACUAUAUCCUGAAGCCAAGAACCCUCCCAACCUCCAGACCUAUAAAGGCUUCCUUGCCUAGGCUGCUUAAGCGAAACGAGGCCGAAUCGAGGCUUUACCUACCGUGGAAACUAUGCAAAGCUUCCGAAGAGACUUCUAAGCCAGAAUGCGGCAUAUACAAAGUGUUGAAUUUUCGGUAG